AUGGAGCAUUCCAAAGAGUUUGUUGAGGAAGUCGUCAUCGGGAAGGAUGGGCCUUCUACACAGCCAUUAUUGCUCCCGGAGGAAAUUGAGAAAGAGAACCAAAGGCUCCAAGGACACAGUGCUUGUGCCCCUUGCCCCGUGUGUCCAGACGCUGCUCAGAGCAGAAGUGCAGGUGUUGCGGGCAGCACAAAUGACCUCACAGGAGAUUCCACUUCCAAGAACACACAGAGUCGCACAGAGCAAAAUAUGGAAGAAAUAUAUUCCCAGUUUCCAUUUACAGACUCUGAAACAAAUACCUCCAACACGGAACAGAAACCUGAAAUGUGGGGCUCAAACGAGAAGGACAGCGGUGAUAGGGAACGAGAGAGCGAUGCCUUCUCACUGACUCCUGCCUCUUCCAGUCCUGAAGACAGCUUCAUUUCGAGGGGAGAGACAGGCUACCAGAGAGGCCCAGCUUCUCCUGAAGAUAUCUUGCAACAGCAAGCUGAACCCUCACUUCCCAGUAACGUGCAAGCUGCCUGUGAGAAACCUUCUGGCCGCUACAGCUCCACUCAGCCUAAACCACAUUAUUCCCAGCAUUCUCCACCGUUGCCAAUGCCCCAGCUCUUACCUUCAGAUACUGAUGCAGGAUUCACAGGAGCCUCUGAUGAUCAUAGCGAUUCUCUCAUUACAGGGACUAAGAGAUUUAGAGAGAUGCUGAAAAUACCAUAUAAGCUGGAAUUAAUAAAUAAACCCGGCAGAACAGAUUUAAAGCAUAUUGUUAUAGAUGGAUGUAAUGUCGCAUUAAGCCAUGGUCUGAACAAGUUCCUUAGUUGCCGUGGAAUAGCAAUCGCCGUUGAAUAUUUUUGGGAGCUUGGACACAGGAACAUCACUGUGUUUGUGCCGCAGUCGUUAACAUGGCCCAGUCCUGUUGCCACAGAACAGGACUUCUUGACCCAGCUCCAGGAGCUUGGAAUACUAGCAUUAACUCCUUCCAGGACGGUCUUUGGAGAACGAAUUUAUUCUCGUGCUGACAGAUUCAUACUACGCUUAGCAGAAAAGACUGGGGGUGUCAUUGUAAGCAAUUAUAACUUCAGAGAGUUUGUGAAUGAGUCAGUGUCCUGGAGAGAAAUUAUUGCCAAAAGAUUGCUUCAGUACACGUUCGUGGGGGACAUAUUUAUGGUUCCCGAUGACCCUCUGGGAAGAAACGGGCCUUGGCUAGAAGAUUUCCUUAGAAAGGAGGGCUUUCUGGACAUGCAGCCUCUACUCAGGGCCCUGCCAAAUGUGAACAUGUUCGCCUGGAAUCAAAACACCCAAGUCGCCAUUGCCAGGUACCAGCCUACAUAUCGGAACCAGGGGACCUCUUUAUGCCCUUGGCUUCCUCAGCAGCCCCACUUCACAACCCUGAUCUCUGUUUCUGGUAUACAGCAGAAGCAUCUCAUGCCAGCACAGAGACCUUCUGCAGAGACCAGUGAGCUGAGGGAGACCCUGCUGAAGAUCUUCCCUGACUCUGAGCAAAAUCUGAAGACUUACGAGAUCCUGGCAGUUCUGCCAUCCCUGAAGGACCUGAUCGUGCUUUCUGACCUGGUGUUGGACUAA